AUGACGGACAAAAGCGCUCGACGUAAAGUCGGUGUCGGUGUUGGCGUGUUUAUUAUCUCAUCUGAUCACCCUAACUGUGUCAUAGUUGGACAGAGGAAAGGCUCAUCGGGAAGUGGGAAGUAUGGGUUACCUGGGGGACAUUUGGAAUUUGGGUGAGAAAAAAUUACUCUGUGUUAUAAAUUACCAGUAAUUGCAAAAUACACAAUUAUGUAAGUUAUUAUCUGCCAUCCUGCCUACGCUAUGAAAUGUGCUGAUUCCGUUUUAGUGGGAGAUGUAGUUAAAAAUGCGUCAACGAUUGGUUUGAAAUGGACCUCCCUCUUGAGAAUUUGGUUUUACAGCGCAUGCCAGUUGGUGAGGUAGAGAGCCCUAAAAGAACUUCAGACGGGGGUGGGGGUUGGGGGUACGGUGGGAAGCAGGAAGGGUGGGGAGGGGCGUGGGAAUAAUAAGCAGACUAAAAAUUUCACCUUAAAUUUGUGCACCAAGCAAAAUGAGUUGGAGAGUCAAUGCAUUGGUUUAUCCUAAAGUACUUCCUUUCUAUACUUUUAAAAUGUUAAUCUUUCUUACUCUUUCACUCAUCAACCAUUGCUUUUGGAAUAGUCCAUCCCAUAAAGAUAUAUUAUAAAGAAGCUUUCACUUGGAUUUUUCUUUGACCCAGAGAUAGUUUAACAUGGAUACAAUCAAGAUUUUCAUUAAGAGAUUUAUUUACAUGAGAAUAUAGCAAGGUAACACUUCACAAAACAUCUAAAAUAUCUGCUUUUCAAGGAAUUUUCAUAAAUUCUGGCACCAAAGAGAACUUUGACUCAGUUUCCAACAUUAACCUGUGUAAGGAUUCUUUAAUUUAGCACUCAGCCAGCAAUGAUCGCAUCAAGUUUUCUGAAUUUAUUAACAGUGAAGAAUGGUCUGAAUGUGCAGCAAGAGAAACAUUAGAGGAAACUGGACUGAAGAUUAAGAAUGUUUCAUUUGGAACUGUAGUUAAUGCUGUCGUUCCUGAAGAGGAUUACCAUUACAUAACAAUUUUCAUGAAAGGAGAAAUUGAUAACAGCCAGGCAAAAGAACCAGAGAACCUGGAACCAGACAAGUGUGAAGGUGAGGAGAGAAAGAAAACAUCCACUCUUCAGCUAGGAAGCAAACCCUGCCAGAGCUUAUAUCAGUUUAUGUAACACAAAGCUUGGACUUAUGUCUCUCUUUUUGCAAUGAACAGAAUGUCAUUCCUUCUAAAGGUUACCCUCAAUUUUUGUCCAGUUUCUGUUACAGUUUGCAUCUUGCAGGAGGUCCUACCCAAACCACAGUUUUAAAUAAUCAGUGGGCCUCAGGCUUUCUCUAUAAGUUAAAUUCCACUGUUAGCUUUCAGCCCUCCUGGGGUUGUUCACAUAAAUGGAUGGUUAGAUAAAAGGUUCAGCUAAAUUGAGGGAUUGUUUAGGACACAGCUUUGUUAAACAACAGUUAAGCUUUGUUUAAAUAAUCAGACCUAAGUGUCUUAACCAAGAGCACAAUGCAACAACCCAGCCACUUCUUGAACCCAGGCCACUUAAUCCACCACUAACCCUCUGCAUUUCCCAUUUUCAAAACUCAUUAUUGUUAUCAUUGCAUAAGCAAUUAGUCACUUAGUAUCUACACAGUACAAUAAACAAAGUAAGAGUCUGUAGAAGUGAUGUAAGUUGUUAAUUAUUUAUUUGCUUGGUUUUUGUCUUUAGGUUGGGGUUGGUAUGACUGGGACUCAUUCCCUUCUCCACUCUUUGAACCUCUCAGAAUAGCAAGACUACAGGGAUACCAACCAUUUGAUGAUGAAAAGCAUGGUCACAUUAACUCUGCACUAUUUCGCAUUUGUUCUAAUUAGAACCAUACACAGUGUUCAUGAUACAAGAGACAUCAAACACUGUGUUUUAGUUAAUAUCAUCAGAUGCAGAGAUGAAAUUUCAAAAUUAAGAACAACUUAAGUAUAAAGAUUACAUUCUAAAAAAGAAAAAAGAAAAUGACAAAACUAUUGCAAGGAAUAGUCUCCAGCACUUGAGUAAUAAAUGAAUCUAAGCUCAAUACAAGUUAUUUUUGUAAGAAAAUACCAUCACUUUUUAUAAUAAAGGCAAAUUCAAUUUGCACAUAAGCACUUUCUCUGUUGACAUUUUUGAGGAAAAAUUAUCUGAUUACCCUUACUACCAGUAGAGUCUUUUACACUCUUGGCUCUUAAGUUCAAAAUAAUUGAGUUGAAACUUAUUGUUGAGUACUACUCCUCAGCACAUUUUUCAAACAUUCUGUGUUAAUAUUAGAUAACAGGC